AUUAUUUUUGGUUAGUCACCAUCGAAUUACUUUGACCCUACUAUCCUCUGCCCGGAUCUCAUCGGGCAGUUUCCUCUUACGCCCAUUUUCCAUGUUUCCACGCUGCCCGGAUCUAAAUCGGGUAACACCUGCAACAACUGAUUCAAACUGUUUCUUUCAACCCGCUCAACAAGAAACAGGAAACAAACAAAUAAAGAGAGAGAAAGUUAGAGAGAGAAAGCUUCUCACACUAUAAAUUCUCGCGCUCUCUCUCCAAUAACCCUAUCUCGGUUGUCACCUACAAAAAAUUUCUCCUCAAAAAGUUGAUUUGAGUUUCGAUUAUCGAUUACGGUUUUGAAAAUUUUCGAAGAAUUUCGAAGAAUGUGGAAGCUCACGCGAUUCGCUGCGUCAGGAUCACGGUUGUUCUCGACGGCGAUUCCUGCUCCGUGUAUGGUUCAUAAGCGCGGUGCUGAUAUUCUUCAUGAUCCUUGGUUCAACAAGGAUACUGGAUUCCCUUUAACAGAGAGGGAUCGAUUAGGGCUUCGAGGACUCCUUCCGCCUCGUAUCAUUUCAUUUCAGGAGCAAUAUGAUCGUUUUAUGAGCUCGUAUAGAUCAUUGGAGAAGAAUACCCAUGGCCAAUUGGAUGAUGUUGUUUCCUUAUCCAAAUGGAGGAGUUUAAAUAGACUGCAUGACAGGAAUGAGACUCUGUACUAUAGAGCUCUUAUUGACAACAUCAAAGAAUUUGCUCCUAUAAUCUAUACUCCUACAGUUGGUUUAGUGUGUCAAAAUUAUUGCGGGUUAUAUAGACGCCCGCGUGGAAUGUAUUUUAGUUCCAAAGAUAAAGGAGAGAUGAUGUCAAUGAUCUAUAACUGGCCAGCUCCCCAGGUAGACAUGAUUGUCUUGACAGAUGGUAGUCGUAUUCUUGGGUUAGGUGACCUUGGAGUUCAGGGCAUUGGAAUACCUAUAGGAAAACUUGAUAUGUAUGUUGCAGCUGCCGGUAUCAACCCAAAAAGAAUACUUCCAAUCAUGCUGGAUGUCGGAACAAACAAUCAAGAGCUACUUGAUGAUCGCCUUUAUUUAGGAGUUCGACAACCUAGGUUGGAAGGUGAAGAGUAUCUUUCGAUUAUGGAUGAAUUCAUGGAAGCUGUUCAUGCACGAUGGCCGAAGGCUAUUGUUCAGUUUGAGGAUUUCCAAAUGAAGUGGGCUUUUGAAACCCUCAAACGAUAUCGCCAAAAGUUUUGCAUGUUCAAUGAUGAUAUACAGGGCACAGCUGGUGUUGCACUUGCUGGAUUACUGGGAACUGUAAGAGCCCAAGGUCGACCAUUAUCUGAUUUUGCGAAACAAAAGAUAGUUAUCGUUGGAGCUGGAAGCGCAGGGCUUGGGGUUCUUAACAUGGCUGUCCAGGCCGUUUCAAAGAUGUCAGGGUGCAGUGAAACCGAAGCAAAAAGUCAAUUUUUUUUACUUGAUAAAGAUGGUCUCAUCACAACAGAAAGGAGUAAUAUAGAUCCAGCUGCAGUUCCAUUUGCUAAAAGUCCAAGAGACCUAGAAGGGCUUGCAGAGGGUGCCAGUAUUAUUGAUGUGGUUAAGAAGGUUAGGCCACAUGCGCUGCUUGGAUUGUCUGGGGUUGGUGGUAUUUUUAAUGAGCAGGUUCUUAAGGCAAUGAGAGAAUCUGUUUCAACAAAACCGGCUAUCUUUGCCAUGUCUAAUCCCACUAUGAAUGCUGAGUGCACUGCUAUUGAUGCAUUUAAUCAUGCUGGAGAAAACAUAGUGUUUGCCAGUGGAAGCCCUUCUGAAAAUGUUGAUCUUGGAGAUGGAAGAGUUGGCCAUGUAAAUCAAGCCAACAACAUGUAUCUGUUUCCAGGGAUUGGCUUGGGAUCACUUCUGUCUGGUGCUCGACUUAUAACAGAUGGAAUGGUGCAGGCGGCAUCUGAAUGCCUUGCUUCAUACAUGUUAGAGGAAGACAUCAAAAAAGGAAUCUUGUAUCCAUCCAUUGAUUGUAUACGAAAUGUUACAGCCGAAGUUGGAGCUGCUGUUCUACGUGCCGCCGUUGCUGAAGGGAUAGCUGAAGGACAGGGUGCUGUUGGGUCCAAAGAACUUGAACAUAUGUCAAAAGAGGAUACUUUGGAGUAUGUCAGAGGAAACAUGUGGUACCCUGAGUAUUGCCCCCUCGUUCAUGAAAAAUGAGCUUUCUAUGAAGGCUUUGCAUUAUUCACAGCUCAAAGUGAAUUACUCAAGCCGUGUCCUAGUUUUGGUUUUUAAUCACAGCAAUUCAUGAUUGGCAAGGUUUAGAGAGUUGAAGCUCAGAUAAUUAAGGGGAAGGGGAAAAAGACGUGUCCCUUUGUUGCAACCGUACAUUGUUAGAGUAAUCAGUAAUGACGUGUUGACUUAAUAGUUCGUGGUUUUUUCUUUUAGAAGUUCUGCACCACAAGUGUGAUAGACAGUUGUUUAGCGUCAAAAGAAAGAAAAAGACAGUUAAUUGUUUUGUUCUAUUUCUCUCUAACGGUGAAGUGCAUGAGGGUGGAUCCUUUCCUUAUAAACACUGUUGGAUAGUUGAUUCUUUUCUUUUUUAUUUAGUGUAGAUUUUCUUUUGUAAAGUUUCCUAAAAUCUCUUGAUUCAAGGAUUGGAAUUGAUUGUAAUCUAUAUGUAAACAAUCUUUGACUGAUGAAUAAAGUAUAGUAUCAUUUCCCUAGCUA